UGAAUGACAGAUAAACUUUAGACAAUAGGUAACAUAAUCAUAGAUUUUAGGAAACAGAGAAGAAUAACUUGUAAAUACUGAUAAUAGAGCUGAAUUUUCACUAGGAAAAUUUACACCAAUUGAACUAGCUUGGGAUAAACUUAUAAUAAAUGCCACAAUAAAAGUUGGAAAGGUAAUUCCUAUUCAUAAAUUUAAGACUACCACAGAAAAAUGCUUACUUAAUAAUCUUAAAGGAGUGAUGAAACCUGCUCAUUUUACCGCUAUUUUAGGUCCAUCAGGAUCAGGAAAAACUACUUUAUUAAACUUUUUGUCAGGUCGUUUAAUAUCUGACAAUCUAAAAAUAUCAGGAGAACUAUCUUUAAAUGGUAAAAGAAUUAAUGACAUUGAUAAAUUUAAUGAUUAGAUGGCUUAUGUUAUGUAGGAUGAUAUAUUAUUAGCCACCUUUUCACCGAGAGGUAUAAAAUAGUAUAAUUGUAUUAGAGGCCUUUUAUUUUUCAGCUAAUAUGAGAUUAACUAUCAGUGCAGAGGAAAAAGCUUAAAGAGUAGAAGCUUUGAUCAGAGAAUUGGGAAUAACUAAAUGUGCAGAUACUAGAGUGGGAAAUACAUAAAUUAGAGGUGUAUCAGGAGGAGAAAGAAAGAGAGCCAGUAUAGGUGUUGAAUUAUUAACAAAUCCAAGUCUCAUCUUUUUAGAUGAACCAACUACUGGUUUAGAUUCUUCUACUGCCUUAUAAGUGAUUGAUUUAUUGAAGAGAUUGGCCAAAAAUGGUCGUACAAUAGUUAGUACUAUCCAUUAACCAUCAUCUGAAAUCUUUAAUAAUUUUGAUAGACUUAUGCUAUUAGUUAGAGGUAAUAUUAUAUAUCAAGGGGAUGCUGAAUAAGCUAUUGAUUACUUCGCUACUAUGGGAUAUUAAUGUCCUAACUUUUCUAAUCCUUCAGAUUACUUUAUGAAAUUGAUGAAUGAAGAAGGACUACUAGUAGAAAAGAUUUAAGCAGGAGAAUCAGAUGAUUUUGAUGAUGCUUAGAUAAAGGCUGAAUUUGAACAAAGAUUAGAAGGGUUUAUUCAAAAUUAUAAAAAUUCAAAUAUGAUUAAAGAUUUAGAAACUAGGGAAACUGCAUUAAUUAAAGAAAAUGAUGUUGGAUUCCAUAUUGGAUUUAUUUAAUAAUUUGUACUUAUUUAUUAAAGAUCAUUUUUAAAUGAAAUUAGAAAUCCAAUGGAUGUAAAAUUGAAAAUAUUUUAAUCUAUUGUAAAUGCCAUUAUGUUAAUGCUAGUUUAUUCAGAUGUAUAUUAAAUCAUUUAUAUUUUUAGUUGGGUAAAUAUAACGAAGGAUUGUAAAAUAGAUUUGGAGCUUUGUUUUUUAUUUGUACAGCUAAUGCAUUUGGUGGAAUUCAAGGAGCUUUACAUACAUUUUCAAUGGAAAGACCAUUAUUUUUAAGAGAAAGAAUAAACAAAACUUAUAGUGUUCAUUCAUUCUUUUGGGCAAGAUCACUUGCUGAAUUUCCAUUCCAAAUAAUUUAUCCUUCUCUUUGUGUUAUAAUAGUUUAUUAUGUUAUUGGAUUAAGUGAUGAAAAUGUAGGAAAAUUCUUUAUGCUUAUUUUCAUUUAAUUCUUAACAUAUUAAUAUGCAGUUUCAUAUGGAUUGCUUUUAUCAACCAUUAUUCCAAAAAUUGAAGUGGCUACAGCAUUAGUCCCUGCUUUGGUUAUUCCAUUUAUGAUUUUGGGAGGAUUCUUUGUUAAUUAAGAUAAUAUUCCUUAUAUAUUCUAUCCUUUCACAUAUUUAUCAAUGUUUAAGUAUGGAUUUGAGGCAGCUGUUAUUGUAAUAAUUUUAAUUUUAUUUUUAGAAUGAAUUUGAUAAUGUAAAUUAUGAAUGUAUGCCAGGUUAAAGUUGUGAUCCAGUUGAGAUGCUAUCAAUAACAUUAACAAAAUGGGAAUGUUGCUAUAUAUUAAUUGGAUUAGCUAUAGGAAUUAGAAUGUUUGCCUAUUUGGCACUUCAUUUAAUAUCAAGUCCAGAAAAACCUAAAUUAUAAUCACCUGAAAGCAUGUAAAUAAAUAAUAAACCCAAAUGACUUUUUUUUUGUUUUUUUAUAUAAUUAUUUAUUUUUAAAUAUGAUAAAAAAAAAGUAAUUAGAAAGUUUUUUACAAUAAGUCCCUGAUUUUGAAGGUAAGCCAAAUUGGAAUCUAGAAUAACAUAUGACUCCUCCUUCUUUUGCUAGUGAAAUAAUAUAAUUGAUUCUUAAUGAAGAAUCAUUAGAAAAUUUAGUAUGUGCAGAUUUUGGAUGUGGAACUGGUAUGUUAACAGCUGGAUUAUUGUGUUGUAAUGUAGCUCAUGUUUGUGCUUAUGAAUUUGAUGAAAAAGUUGCUUAAGAGACUUUAUAAACUUUAUAAGAGAUGCAUGAUGGAGCAUUUGAUUUGAUUAUUACAAAUAUUAAGCAUCAUAAAUUCCCAUCUCAUAAAGUUGACUUAGUUUUAAUGAAUCCUCCAUUUGGUACAAAGGAAGCAAAUAUUGAUACAGUAUUUUUGCUUUAAGCAUUUGAACAUUCAAGUGGAAAUGUCUACUCUAUACAUAAAUCUUCAACUAGACAAUAUUUGGAGAAAUUAGCAAUAGAAAAUAAACGAACCUUUAAAGUACUUAAGGAAUUUGAAUUUCCUUUACCUAAAAAAUUUUGUAAAUAUCAUAAAAAAGGUUUAAAGAAUAUUCUAUUUUAGACCUUGCAUUUACAUAAGUAGAUUUCAUAAAGUUUGGCUAUGUAAAAUAAUAAGAAGGGAAGUAAGAAAUAUAGUGA